ACUUAAAUUUUCUGAACAGUCUGUGAUAAUAUCUUAAGGUGACAUCAAGUAUAAAAUAAUACAGGACCAACAAAAUUGGACAACUUAAUAAAAACCAUUUUUCGAAUAAAAUUCGAAAAUUGUCCCAUUUAAAAUGGUUGACAAUCGAAAAUUGGAUUAUAAAGAAAAAGCUUUUGGAAUAAGACACUUGCAAUGUACUCUUAUCUUUUUUGGAUUAGCCGUUUCAUAUGCGCUUCGUGUAAACAUGUCAGUUGCUAUUGUAGCAAUGACAGACAAAUCUGCAGCUUCUGAACAUGGAGUCUACCUAUGGGAUGAAAAAACUAAAUCCGUUGUUCUAAGCAGCUUCUUCUGGGGCUAUGUACUCACCCAAAUCCCAUCAGGCCAAUUGGCUCACAAGUACGGUGGUCAUAAAGUUUUGUGCUGGGGUAUAUCUAUCUGUUCGGCGCUAGCUGUUUUAACACCACUUUGCGCCAAAAUAGGUGGAUGGCCUUUUGUGUGCGCCAUGCGAUUAGCUCAAGGAUUUUGCCAAGGAUCGGUUUUCCCAUCAACUCACAGUCUUAUUUCCAAAUGGGCACCAAUCAAAGAACGUGGUUUAUUGGGAACAAUUUGUUAUUCUGGAUCUCAACUAGGUACAGCUUUAAUGCUAUGUGUGAGUGGAGAGAUAACAGCUUCGUUUAUGGGUUGGCCUGGAAUAUUCUAUGCAUCUGGAGGUAUUGGAUGCAUUUGGGGAUUGAUAUUUUAUUUUUUUGCAUCAAGUUCACCAGCGGAUAACCGAUUUAUAUCAGAGGAAGAAAAGUUGUAUAUUGAAAUGUUACCUGUUCCAAGUGCUGAAUCACCUAAAGAUCCACAUGAAGAGGAAUCUAAACAGAAGUUUCCAACUCCAUGGUUAGAAAUUAUAACAUCAGUGCCAUUUUAUUGUGUUCUGGUGGCACAUGCCACCAAUACUUGGGGUUAUUAUACCCUUCUAACUCAAAUUCCUACCUAUUUAAAGAGUAUCCUUGGAAUGGAUAUUAAAAAGAAUGCUCUCCUUUCAUCACUGCCAUAUUGGGUAAUGCUUGUACUCAGUUAUUUCUUCCUGUUUGUUUCGGAAGUUUUAAGAAAGACACAAUGCAUGAGUUUGUCGGUAAGUCGUAAAUUCUUCAAUACUAUCGGACAUUGGAUUCCGAUGCUUGGACUCAUCGGAAUGGGAUAUAUGGGAAAGGAUAAUGAAACUCUUGUCAUUGUCUUAUUGAUGAUAAUUGUUGGAACGAAUGCAGCUUGUUAUUUGGGUUUCCAGUUGAAUCAUAUAGAUUUGUCGCCAAAUUUUGCCAGUACAUUGAUGGGAAUGACAAAUUGUGCUGCAAAUUUGAUGAGUAUAAUGGCACCUUUGGCAGUUGGAUUUAUAGUUACCGAUGAGAAAAAUCCAGAACAAUGGAGGAUAAUAUUUUUCAUAACAGCAGGUUUCUUCUUUAUUGGAAAUUUGUUGUUUAUCAGUUUUGGUAAAUUCGAAACGCAAUCAUGGAACGAUCCUCAACCAGUUAUAGUCAAAACAGCCAAUAACAGAAGUCGAAAUUCAGUUUAUGUGGAUACAGUUCACUAAAUUAGAAUUAUUGAUUCACAGAUAAAAAAACUGGUGAUUAAUUUUAAUAGAAAUAAGUAGGUUUGUUAGAUAUAAAAAAAAAAUUAUAAUAAGAAAUAAAGUAUUUUUAUAUAAAAAU